UACCCCCGCCCAAAUGUGGUGACGUGCACGAUCCGAGUUUGGCUCAGGGAAAUCGGAUUUUCUCUUACUUAUGGCGCUUUGAUGCUCAAAACCUGGAGAAUAUCAGUGAUAUUCCGAGUAAAAUCAGCAAAAGCAGUAAAAAUAACAGACAUGAACUUAUUGAAACGUCUGGGGAUAAUAGUCACGAUAUUCACCGUCUUUCUGGGAAUUCGAACAAUCGUUGCACCACCGGUUGUUAUCGUCGGCCGAACUGCUGAUGAUCUCAAAGCCUAUUUAUGUAAAACCGACUGGUGGGAUCAUAGUUUCACUACACUGGAAGUAAUGUUUCUAGUCUGGGGAAUACGACUCUGCAUUGUUGUCAGGAAAGCUCCCUCGGAGUUCAAUGAAAGUAGAUUCAUUUCAAUGGCUAUUUACAAUGAAUUCUUACUCUCUGUAUUUUUAAAUGUUUCAAUGUUGUUCCUCCAGUCACCGGCAAAUCCUGACCUGAUGUACAUAAUAUUCUUCUGUCAUACUCAACUAACGGUGACGCCGCUUUUGGGGCUAAUUUUCGGCAGCAAGGCGUACGUCGUAUUCCGCGGUGGUGGGAAAGAAGACGCUAUUGGGAAGCUUCCGGGUGCAACGGGUAAAUUUAUUGGCAAGACGUGUCGAGCGCAAGCAUCCAGCAACCAAACGAACUCUAUUUCUCUGCAACAGGCCAAUUUCACAGAGGAAGGUGACGGAGUUAUGGAAGAAUUUCGUCGCCUUUACACACAAUUAGAAAUGUUACGAGAAAAAAACAUGCGACUGGGAAACCGGCACUUGGCGGCUAAAAUUUUGGCGAUGCAAGAAGCGUCAAACCGUUCAAUAACCCCGGUACCCAGCAUACAGGGUAUUUCAGCGACGCUUAAAUUAAGUAACUUAAACAUAACGACGUCGUCAACACCCACCCCGACGGCAGUAGUCGAAACAAAUGUCAGUAAAUUAAACGUCGACGUUUAUCACGACAAUGGAUCCACCAGUGCUAGUGAUUGUACAAAAACAAACGGGAAAAAAUUAGCAGAGGGAGGAGAUUUGGUAACUCCGCAAUCCGAUAGUUUGUUGAUAACUGAUUCGGGUCAUGAAAUUCCUUUUCCUUCGACUUCGGGGCAUUUUAAAAAUUCUAAAAUCACCGAGGGUGACAGGAAUAUUGAUGACGAGCCCCAGGCCAGAGACUCCGCCGAUAGAAAGGAGGAAAAUAUCGGGAACUUGUCACCCGCUAAAAAUAAUGAAAAUAAAGUUAAGGACAAGGACAGAAAUAAAAACAAAUCCGGGCAUGCCCGCACUCACGCGAUCAUUAUUAAUUUAGAUGAUAAAAGUAGAUGCUCCGAAGAAGUUACCGUC